CGGUCCAAUAACGAGAGGGGCGCAGAAGAAAUCGAAUGGGUAGAAUCUAGAAUCGCUACCAACGAUCUGUUUGUCUUCUUUUUUACCGCGUCGAGAAAAGUACGGUUAGAUCGAUCCACUGUAUAAUUUCCUGGAUGGCCAAAUAAUUUUACGAUAUCGUGCGAUAAACGAAUAGAUAAACGGGACUGUACGAUUUGACCGCGGUUCCACGGUGGAAACUGAUCAGUGGGUUUUCUAAGUUGAGUGCAAUGAGAACACGACCUGGGGGACGUCGGAGAAAGCAACACGAAGCUCGAUGUAGAUGUAUGUAGGCACCCAUGAGACAAAGCGCAAGGUCUAUGACGAUUGAAGAACGCGCAAAGUGCUCGGUUUUCCGUGCCCGACCGAUAGACCGUCCACUGAUACUGGAUUUAAACCUGGCCACGGGUCGCGUAUAAAUCGCGUUCCGUGAAACCGAACGAUGCCGGGUACGCGUUUGUGAAACGCAUCGCGCGAUACCGAUAAUGACGGAUUCCCGGUUACUCUCAUAUUGUAUGCGCUUCGGCGAGUUGUCGGGUCCGCGCGAGUGGAGGGUCUCGAAUGGCGCUCGUCUACGAUCACCGGGAGUGCAAUGCUAACAAGUAGUCCAGCAGCUGACUCUGACAAAAUGGUAGGGUACACGCGUCGUCCUAUGGGAGGUGAUCAAUCUUUCCUCGUAUAAUCGGAGCGCCUCCGCUGACGAGGUACGAUGAGUACUGAUAACCAUGAUCAGACGAAGCCCUGCGUCAGCAAACCACCCGCAAGAAUCGAGCUUAACGCCGACGAGAGCGCGUUCGACGGCAGGCGAAUCAAGAAGGAACGGACUGACGUUUCCCUCGAGAACGGUGACGGUAGCGGUAGCAUCAGUAAUGCCGGCAUCAACGAGAACAACAGCAAGCAGCAGCAGCAGCAGCCGAACCAGCAACGGCCGGCUGCCGGUAGAUUUUCAAACGGCUUCCACGACGACGACCUACUUCAAGAUAUCAUCGCGGCCAAGUUCACGGCCCUGGCGAACCACGGCGCGGCCACCAAGUACGACAAAAACAAAAUUCGGCUCAUGAUCGAAGAUAGCAUCAGUGAAGAAUCGAAAACCCGCAUCCAAGAGAUCUUUUCGCAAAUCGAGCAAUUGAAAAUAGAAGAGAAAUUGUUGUUGUACCUGAAACUUCCAUUAUCACUGACUAACGCUGGAGGGACCGUCGAUCCUUUGAGACUACCAUUAAAUCCGUUAGGGAAUCGUUAUGAAAUUCAUCAAACUAUCAUGUGGAUUAAAACCCACUUGGAGGAGGAUCCGGAUGUUUCUUUACCAAAACAAGAAGUUUACGAUGAGUACAAUAUGUAUUGCAUGCGGAAUUCUAUGAAACCCUUGUCGACCGCUGAUUUUGGGAAAGUUAUGAAGCAAGUGUACCCGAGAGUUCGACCCCGUAGACUGGGCACGCGAGGGAACUCGCGUUACUGUUACGCUGGAAUGCGCAAGAGAGUCAAAUUAGAUCCUCCGACAUUGCCUAAUAUAUCUGGCGCUCAGUCUGGCGAGGAGGUGGACGAGAAUCUGACCGAGGAAAUGUUGGGAGCUGCGUCCACAUUGAUCAGGGAAUGGGCAGAGAAUCUUUUAGGCUUGAAAUUUCCAACUUUGAGUGCCUUAGCACGUCAUCUCGUUGAUAAUCGUUGCGUCGAUGCUCGAUCUCUGUCCGCCGUGUGCAUAUUGUGCACCUCGGAGAAUACUAACACGUCGACGAAUAAAGAGCCGAAUACGGAUAUGUGCGUGACACCUGUAAGCGGGAAAUCGGGAAAACUGAGAGAACAGUUGCAACGAAAAUUACAGCAGCGAGAACACACAAGGGAUCAAAAACACCGUCAUCUCGAUGCUGUUAUACAGAACCAGAACAAAGAAAAGACUGUCGAUAAUAAAGCGGGGACGAACAAGGGAAACAAGAAGGCUAAAUCCAAUCAGUCGUUUCAAGGUACAAACGUUUCCGGCGGGCAGAACGCGGUGACUAAACUGAGUUUGUCCGCCGUGGUGGCCAGCCGGCAGAAGAAAGUUCUUAAAGCUAGUAGUCAGCCAUCUAACAUCUCCCUGGAAUCCAACUGUGAUAAUAUAGUGGUACAAUCGAUCGAAGAUGUACAGAAUAAUAGCAACCCUAGUGUAGUGAUGACCAACUGCGUGAAUACACAGCGAGAUAUCAAGCCGAAAAAUUCCAGAAAGCGUGCCAAUCCAAUCGUGUUGAACCAGCCGUCGGAGACCAGCCCCGAGAAGCAGACGAAACUGACGGAACAGCAGCUGCAGGAGAAUGUCGAGCAUUCCAAUCUGUUAUUGCCUAAGCUUACAUCCAUACAACGUCCUGGGAAGAUCUCGGUGAUACUAGCUGGUAAUCUGAAGCCCACCAAAUGCAAAGCGAACGAGGCUGUUAACAAUCAGCCGAUGAAAAACUGUGAUAACGAGUCGUUGGCAUGUACCAAGAGCUGCAUCAAAGUGAACGGUUGUCACGGUAAUCUCGAUCGUAGCUCGAACGCGACCGAGGAGUCGACAGUUUUGACCAAGGACCAGAUCCGACUGAUACAGGAGAACUCUAGCAUCGUGAGUAAAACUGAGAAGCUCGGAUCCAUCGACUCGGACGCUUUGGACGAUUACUUAAACGGAGGUAACAACUCGCAGGAACAAGAGGAGGAACUAUUACAGUAUUUUCAACAGAGUAACUCGUCGAGUUCGGACGUGGAACCGAACGCUAUCGCCAUCGACGAGCAAAUAUCGAGAUCUGAUAAAGUGUCACAGUUAAGAUUGAUACUGCAACAGAAUUUGAAGGGGAGGACUGUCCACACGCCUGUCGAGGCGUUGCCCGCCGCUAUCGUCAGACAGAACGUCGAGAAACGCGAUGCCACUCAGAAGCAUAACUUGAUACUACCGACUUUGCUGAACCAUUCGAGCCAGAGUAACACCAGACGCAGGGUCAGCUUCGAGACGAACGUCGUCGAACACGUACAGGACUCGAACGUGAUCACCAACACGGUUCCGCAGAGUCCCAACACGCGUCGUCGAAUAUUUAAUUUCACUCCGAUAUCGCCGGGUCCGCAUUCGCCCAUCAACGGCCGUGCUUCCAAAUCCAAUUCCGCGAACGCGAGCCCGUUCGUUUCGCCGCGUAACACGCCUGUCCCGCGAUCGAGAAGUAAUCUACAGGCGACCAAUUCCAGAGGUCGCGUGCACAAGUCUUUGGCUCGUUCGAUAUCGUGCAGCGUGCCGUAUACCAGCAAAAACGACACGUUCGUAGUUCCCACGAGCGGCCCGGAAUUGAUCAGGCAAGCGUCGUCCACACCGCAGCUACCGUUGAUCUCUACCAAGUCUUCGGAAGUUCAAGUGGACAGCGGAAUGGCACAGGUCUCGGUUACCCAGAAGAGAGAGGGACAAGGACCGCAGUGUGCCGCGUUUUUAACUUCCGACUUGGCGCCGCAGAAGCAGUUGCUCAUCAAUUAUCCGAGUCAGGAGAAUCUGCAAGAGAUCAAGAACGUCUAUCAGAAGAACCAGCCCGACCAAGAGAUCAGCGAGCUGUUCCACAAUAAUAAACAGUUUAGCAACGAACUGUACAGGUCGCAAUCGGUCCCGUUACACAGAAUGGUGAACCCCGCAUUGAUGUCCCCUAUCUCCACGCAGCAUUGCUUAUCAUCGUUCCAAAGCCAGAGUUUCAACCCGUCUACGAGCAGCUCUAUAGCGCCUACGCCGGUACCCAGCGAGUUCACUGAUUUCGGAUCGAUGGGACCACAGGAAGGGACUUCGACUUAUCUACUGGACGACGUCGAUUCAAAUUUUAUAUCGGACGAUCAAAAUUUCUUGAUGAGCGACAAAGAGAUCACGCCUGAGAAUAUGACGAACAUAUUGAACAUUUUAGACGAGGACGGGACUCAGAGCUUGCAGAUGCUGCCGGAACAGGCCGCGGAUGAGAGCCUGAUCGAGAACAACUCGAUAGUGUUGGACGCGCUGCCUAAUUCGAAUUUAAAUCUGUCGGAAGAAGACAUGCUGGAUCCAUCGAACGUGCUCGACUUACAAGUGGGUGGAGCCUUGCAGAAGAUGAUACAGUCGCGUUCGUAUCCUAACACGCCGUUACCUGUGCCAGUAUCCACGUACACGCCGUCUUACACGGAAGAUAGCAACGGUUCGAGGUCGUAUCCGUCGACGCCGCUGCACACGGUUCAAUCGCAGGAAGCUUAUCAGGAGACCAACGAGCCGAUGCUCUCGAGCCCUACGUUGAACUCUUUGAACUUGCACAACGAAGCUGCGAACGAAUCUGCCUCGAGCAGUUUGUGCAGGACCGUCGACGACCUGCUCGACGCGAACUUUCUCGCGGUUACCGACCCGGAGGCGAACGAUUUGGACCCGCUUGGUAACUUCGACGAGCUACAGGACGUCGACUCGUUGACGCCGUUGUUCAACGAAGUUGCCGAAUCGUUGAACAGAACAAUUCGUGGAUAGAUUCGUCUUAUGAUUUCGCAUAGUACUCUACCAAAGGUUGGAACUUUCUUUCUUUAAACUGUACGUUUCGCAUGAUUUCAGUGUUUUAAUGACGACGCUUUGCAUAAAUAUUCCAGUUUCGUAUGCAAAGCGUGAAAGGAUCGACGAACAGAUCCUCCUCGUUCCUUAUAUUAUAGAGAUGGUCGAUAAACGAAUCUCAACAUUACUUUGAAUACGAUAGGAGGAGCAACGACAACUUAGGACAAACAUAUCUGGAAGAUAUGGUUUUCUUCGCUUGUUACUGCUUUCGAGAGAAGGUGUUUGAAGUAAUGCUGAUUUACUUUACGAUCUCUAAUGGUUACAGUGAUUUAAUACACAGUUCGAGCUUCUUUUCAUAAUGGACGUCUCGUUCACACCUGAUAAAGUUAAACAGCGUACGAACUUCUUCUUUCAUCGUAGAAUUUUGAUCGCAGUUCAUGUCAAUUUGCAAUUUUCGAUCGUUCAUCGAAACGUUUAAAUCUGUACUGCCUACACUAUACACCAAGAUGGGUAUUGUCAAAAGUAACGUUUACAAUCUCACCUUCUUGAUUGCAAUAAUGCAUGAGAGCAGCUCGCUACUGAAAAUUUAAAACAAUGGAAACGAAACAUGGAUGAUUGAAAUGAAAAUCAUUUUUAACCGGUAACAAGUGUACAGUUCACGAUUCAGUGCAUAAAGAGCAGACUAAAAACUGCCAAUCGUAUUCUCUUUAGACUCGUGUCGCUUAUUUUUUAAACUAAGUAAAACGAAAAGCUGAAAAAAACCACUGUGAUGCAAACAUAAAUCAUUGAACGAUUGUAUAUUUCUUGAAUUUGCCACUAGUGAAACUGAACGAGUGUAAAUGAUCCUCCGCGAGGAGGAGGAGGCUGAGUCUUAGGUGUUGUCUUUUAGUGGAACAUUGAGUCUACGAGUGUGGAAUAAUUAUGACACGAAGAGGAACAGGAAGAGGACGAGGAAGAAGAGGAAGUUUUGCUCAAACAGAGCGAUGAAGCCGCUGUGAAGUAUUUGAGAUUCGAAUAAGUGGAAGUUGAUUUUAUAUAAAUACUUUAUAUUCGUCGUUUCGAAACGUUUGUUUCUAAGUCAUUUAAGAACGCGUUAUUGCGACUUUGUUAUGCAAGCGUUUCUAAGAAAUAUUUACGAUCACCUGCUGGACAUUGGUGAGCUUCUUUUUACAUAACGAUCGGUAUCGAACCCAGUAUGUAGUAACACUUUCUUUUUGUUUAUUCUGGACCGAGGUCGAUAGUCGAAAAACGAUUAUGUACAUUUUUGUAAAUGAUCUACGCCUCACGCUCGUCAGAUAUGAUCCAUGAAGCAUCACAUUUUAGAUCAGAAGUAUUCAAACUUCAAAUAUCUGAUAUUACGUACUUGUUAAUAAUUCUACUUUUAAAUUGUGUUAAGUUCUUUUUAAAAGAAACAUCCAAACUUGUUCACCGUUUGGGUUUUAAUUGUCGAUUAGGGUCUUCAAAAGAUCCGCGCAGUUGAAGUUUGACCACUUUUGUUUUAGACAGUAAAUAGGAAAAGUGCUCGCGAAAGCACGAGAAUUGGAUAGUUUACGUAGCGUACUGGAUUCUGCAUCGAUAAUAGUGCUAAGUAAUUAUCGCUAUGGCGGGUCUUCCUGGUAUGCAGUUUUGUUCGUCAAUGAAAUCCGAAUUACCAUAAAUACACCGCUGAUUUAUAUUUUUCUAUGACACUCUCGAAUCGAGAAUUUUAUCAAUUGGAUAGUUGUUUAAACGAUUUUUAUUCCUAACGCAUCGUGGUUAUUACUUACCUUUCAAAGCAGAGGAAAUCAAUGUUAGAUCUUUUAUAGACGAUCGAAUACGUCGAUCGCCAAUUAAAUAUCAUCGAUUCAAAUUAUUUUUCACGUCGAACGUCGCGCUUGACGUCAUGAAAAAGUAUUAGAUUUUUAUAUAUGUAUAUUAAAAGAAAAAAAAGAUACGGGGUGAACGUUAUUUACUCGCAUCGUCAUUCUCUUUAAAAUGAUUAUACGGCGUGGUCAUGGAACUCGACACCGUGUCGAAUGUCGUAUCAUUUUUGCGAAAACAUCUUGUUCUUUGAGAAUUAUUAUUCACGUAAAACGAAUAGCACGAACCAAAUUUCGUGUUCCCGUUGCUUGCAUAACUUGUUAACAAUCAAAGAAGCAAUUGUUGUGACAAUAAGGAAACGAAGGAACGAAACUAAAAGGGAAGAUUCGUUUGGUGCUCACGUACCGGAACGAUGUCUCAGUUUCAGAGUUUGUUUUACAGUCUUUAAUCGUGUUAUACCCGAAUUCUACUCGCGUCGAACACGUCUUUUGGUUUGUGCUAUGCCACGUAAGGCGCACUGUAUAAUACCGGUUUUUAAUAGACGUUUCACGUGACCGAACGACGAUCAUCGUGUGGGAAACCGAACAAGUAAUUUAGAUAAUGUUACGCAUGUAAUCGAGGUUUUUCAAUUUGUAAUCUGCACGGUUUUCCGUAUGAGCGACCUUUUGAAAAGCGCGCCGAUCCAGCCGGCGACAGAAUCGGGGAGACGUUGCUCCCCUGCUAACUUUUUACCAAACUUUUCGGCGUGGGUAUUUGUAAAUUUACACGGCAUAUCUCGACGAAUUUAAAUAACAGAUAGUGCCGGUCGUGCAUAUUUUUCUAUCUCGAUUCAAAAUUACUCGAAUGUAAGACGAGUCAGUGAAAGAAGCGGCGAUCGGCAACGUUUCAAAGGGUCGACGAAUACUUCUGGUAAUCGCAUUACACAUCAGUACGUAUAUAAGCAACAAGGAAAGAUGUUAGUUUCCCAGGCAGCCUGAAAACACAGCGAGUAAACGGACGCAUUUUUUCUAUGAGACGAGUUGAAACAGUAGUUUGAAAUAUAUUCUAAACCUGUUAUAAAAGGAGUUGACGAGAGACGGUGGUGUUGUCGUAAGGCGAGUUGUGAAUUGUACAAAGAAAAGCUGAAGAAACAAAACGAAACGUCCGACGAACCAAGUAGCGAUUUCAAACUAUUACAUUGUAGCGUUUAACGUUGAAUGGAUGGUUAUGGAAACAAAUGGCUCGACUCGAUCUUUCAUGAGUUGGUAAAUGACAACGCAAACGAAACGAGCGUCUUUAGGGAAUUCUAUCGACAAUGGAACGAACGAUCAGGGUUUGAUCAAACGUUCUAUACUGUUGGACGAAGCUUUUCAAACGUUAUUAGUGUACCGGGUUUCGUCGAAAUCUGAUUGUUAAUUCCACUGUCGACAGAAAUCUUUUUAAACGAGAGACGAAACGGGCGAGCAUAGAAUGCUACCGGGCGCAAAUAACUAAGUUUCGAAAAACUUGACCAAACGAUCGAAGAUCUUGGAAAUUUCUAUAAUAGUACUACUAUUAUUAAUAACUUGUAAGCGAAACAAAAGUGAACACAGUACUACGAUAUUACUUGUUGUUGUACGCACAAAGAUUUUAGGUAGGAAUUAUUCGAUAUUAUCGUGUAAUCAGGGUUUGUACGUGCUGUACAAUUUACAUCUAGAUACGGAUAUCGAUGAAUUCGUGGGAAAGAAGGAGAUGGCGUGAGACGGUGGUUUACACGACGUUCACAAUGUGCAAUACGUACUAUCUUCUGUUUUAAGAGAAAAAGAAAAAAACCGAGAUAAAGGAGAAUUGUUGUUGAA